AACCCUCCAAAACAAAAGCAUAUCUAAGUGCUUGCUUGAAAGCCUAUUCCUUGUUUCAUUUACUGUAACCGCCAGCUUUGGAGAAUACACUUUCUCAAGGCCUAGAGGAUGCAGUAACCAAAAGAAAUUUUCUGGCACUGGCUUCUUUCUACAACCCCGGCAAAAUAUAUCUCAUCUCCUUCCAUUGUACAAGGGGGUUUGUUAAGAGAUUUCCUUGUAGCCAUUUUUGGCAAACAAAUUGACUAAAGCAAUCUACAAUACAAAAUUUAAGUCGCAAGUGCGAAAGUGUUAAAACAUUUUAAACAACACUGACAACAGGCAACAGUACUCAUAUGAUUCGAUACCAAGUACUGUCUUCCGAUACCAAGUAAGUAUCGAAACAAGAGUAUCGAUACCAAAUGUACUUGGUAUCGGAACAAAAGUAUCGAUACUUUAGUUGUAUCGGAACAGCCUUAGUCAUUCGUCUCGUCCCUCCUCUCUACUCAACUGUUAACUGUGAAGUGCAUACCGAGGCGGUCGUUAUCAAAAAGUGUCUGUCUGUAAGAUUGAAUUCACCAGGCAUUUGUCUGUCUCCAGAUUCCAUUCAACAAUGAAUCUUCCAAACAACCUACAGUCAUUUGUUAAUCGAGGCAACAGUCGACAAGGCAAGCAUCUCCGCUACAAUCGUAGAAGAAAACUGCGUUUGUCACAAGUGAAAGGAGUUAUGUUGCCAGCGUUGGUACGACUCGGACGACUUGGACUCAGCCGCAAGUACAGUCUAAACAAUGUCAUCAACAGGGAGAGCCAUAAACUUAUUCAGAGUACUUGGAAACUCAUUAGAGAGAAAAGUGAAAAUAUUUUGGAAGAAGCAUCAGUAAUUGACCGGGCUCUUGUUAUAGAAAAGAUAAGGAGGUCUUUUCCUGGGGUGAAUGUGAGCAAAGUCUUAAGAGUCAACAACCCCUACCUGACCAGCUUGUAUGAGCUUGUGAAAGCAGAAUAUCACAGCCGAAAUGGAACAGCUGUAGUUCAGGAGUUGGAGCUGUUCCAUUCCACUCGACAGAGUGCUGUAGAGUCCAUUGUAGAGGACAAUCUGAACUGGCGACUAGUACGGCGCUCUCGGUACGGGAUCGGGAAUAGUUUCUCCACAAACGCUGACUAUGCCAAUUGUCACUCAAACAGGCACAAUGGUGAUGAUCGUGCGCUUAUUUUAUUCAAAGUGUUGGUGUGCAAGAAAGCUAGAGGAUCAGGAAGUCUGAAAGUUUUAAAGGACGCUGAUACUGCAGUUGGAGGACCCAACAAUAUUGUUACUGUCAAAUUUAACGAUAAUGAGUUUUUACCUACAUUUAUUGCAUAUUAUAAAGGGGAAAAAAUUCAUCUCGACAAGUUAUUUCUACAGUCAUUAUUAACCUUAGUAUAUUCAGCUUCUUUUAUUAAUUAUAAGACAAUCAAUUUACAAUUAGUGCAUUUCUGUUUUACAAUUCAAUUUUUCAAUCUAAUUAACAAUCCAGGAGUAACCAUUUUUCUAGUUUAUGCAUUAUUUUAUGGUAAUUCAAAACGUAAUGUUUUAAUAAUUAUUAACAUUUAUACAAUGAGUACAGAUGAAUUUUAAUUUAGAGUAAUUGUUUAUUAUGGUUUUUAAUAUUUUUAUUCAGGAUGAUUAGUUUAAUUAUUUUUGCAAAGUUGUUAUUACUGAUGGCUGUUUCAAGAACUCUUAUUUUGUUAUAUUCUUCCCUUGCAUUUUAUUGAAUGUUUUGUAUUUUCUUUAUUAUGCAAAUACAGGAAUUGGAAUUAAGAUUUACCUUCAAUCACUGUAAACAAUUAAUUAUAAUAAUAAACAGUUU